GGCUUUGAGUUUGAACUAUAUUCUGUAGAUACUAGAAAUUCACCAUAUUAUUUUAAUUGAGUAGUGAUGUGAUUAGGUAGAUGUUUUAGGUAGCCAGUAUUCCUCACACUGGCUAACUAAUUGGGGAGGGAAGAAGCUAAAUACUGUGCUUUCACGGCUUUUUGCCUUAGUUCAUACAGCACUUAGACUGCUGCUCAUUUUGUACCAGUCAGAAAACCUAUCAUUCAUUAAGCACCUUUCCCUUAAGCGCAUACAUAUGCUUUGUCCUGUAAUUACUAUAUUCUGCUUUUCAGAUUGUAAGGUAUUAGAACUCUAUUCUUUUCACCUUCAUUUAUAUACACAUCUGAAUGAUCUUUUCCCUCUUCUUUUCCAUCAGUCAUCCCUUCACUUUAAUUGCCAGUGUCUUAUAGAUAGCAAUUACUUUAUGAAGGCUUGUUGAAUUAGAGACCUGUCAUUUUUCCAUAUGAGAACUCAUUAGGGUUCAGAAGUGAUAGAGAAGAUGCCCCCCCAAAGUGAUGCAUUUGAGGGUGAUUUAAUGGGUGGAAGUGACAUCAUGCAAGAGAAGUUGAGAACUCCAAAGGGUCCAGCCUUGGAGAUUGAGAGAGUGGUGGUGUCAUGAAUAAACAGAGUAAGAGGUACCAACAAGAAAAACAAUUAAAAGAGGCCAGGAAAAUAUCCUAGAAAGAUUAUUUUGACUUUUAUUGGGGAAAUUUGGGGAGAGAUUUUAAAUCAUUUAAAACAUCAAUAGUUCCUUACCUUUGUAACUUUUACCUUUCAAUUAUGAAGAUAUUUUAAGACAAGAUAUAGAAUACGAACCUGAGAACUUCCUAACAUUUAACAUUAUGGAAAUAAUCCACUUUUAGACUGUUCUCUACAUUAUUGCAGUGACUUUGUAAUAGAUUACUCAAAUAGUGAAGGGGAGGUAGGGGUGUGUGUGUGUGUGUGUGUGUGUGUGUGUGUGUGUGUGUGUGUCUGUAUUUUGUCCUGGGAAGAUGACAUUAUGAUUAUGACAGGACAGAACAAAAGAGCAGUACUGAAAAUAGUUAGAUUAAAGGUUGUUUUUCUGUCACCACACACCAGAUAUGUAGAGUAGUAAAAGCAGACAGAUGGACAGUUCUGCUAGUUUCGGAGUGUUCGAAUACAGAAAAGAAACAUUCUGUUCCAUUUAUUCAGAAAAGGAAUUUCUAGGCUAAAUUACUGGUUUCAGUAAUAAGUUUCAUAUUCUGACCAAAGAAACAUUUUUUUUUUACCCUGGGGAUAAUGACUCAUGCUCUUCUCAGAAUUUUGCUUUUGUGUAAACUAAAGUGCAGUCAUAAAUACAGCACUGUUAUUUGGAUCUUAGUGCUAAUGAUACCAUUGUGAGAGACUAGUGAUGGGUAAGAACACUAGUAUUGUAAAGCCAAUUGAAACAAAGGGACCAAGCACAGGUUUUAAUUAGCCGAUUCCUAGGGACGUUAAAGUAGAUUUUUUUAAACUAAUAAGCUAAUUAUUGUGGUUUUGUUAAUUAUGCUUUAAAAAUAGAGCCCAUACUUUUAUCUUAAAAGAAAAAAACCCAUCAUUUUGAGGUUGAGAUAAAAGGUGAAUUUCUGAUUUCCAGUAUUGACACUGGGAAUACUUUAUAGAAUUUUUCUGUGCCUUUUUUUCUUAUGCCCCACCAAAUUGGUAUGAGACUAUCAAACUGUGAUCCCUUAGACCAUGAAGCCACUGUCAAAUGAUAGGAAGUAUAAGCAUUGACUAGAUGAAGUUAAAAGUUUAGACAGUCCAGUUUUAGUUUAACCUUAAUCUUACAAUUUUAGAAAUAGCAGUUUGAAUGUGCUCUUUACCGUAAUAGAUGCUUUCACUUUAAAUUUUCACCUAAGCAUUCUCCAUCACGUAUCCAUCCCUGUAGUAAGCAUUACUGAGCGCAGACUCAAAAGUCCCUUUUAUCAUCCCCCACAAUCUCUCUCUUUGCACACUCAUUCCCUUUCUUGAGUAUUACUCCAUAGUGAGGGUCCAGAAUUUUAGCCCCUUUAAAUUUUCUUCUUCAAACUUUCUUACAUCUUUCUCUGUGCCUUUAAUUUCAGCAAGAUUACCUAAUACAUUAUAAUGUGUGAAGUAGUUGUUGGGAUAAUAGACAGUUUAAUGACUUAGGUUAAAUAACUAGUUCCUGUCAGUCGAUACAUUUUCUAAGGAAGCAGUUUAACUUAAUGAAUUAUUAUAAGGUAUUUUUUAUUGUUUAAACUAUAUACCUUAAGUGGUCAACUGGUGACAUUGAACAUCAAUGAAUAAAAUAGAAAUACUGUAUGUACUGAUUGCUUAUGUUGCUAUUUUUACACAUUUACACCCAUUUCAAUUUGUCAUUCUCAUUGCUCUCAUUUUAAGGUAUAGCAACUAUAGUUUCCCAGACAUAUGGUGUAUUAUACUAUAUUAAGUAUAAGUUAACAGUAAAUGUUUAAAAUGCAAAGACCAUCUAAUAUAUCUCUUUCAUCAUUAAAUGGAUUCUGAAGUACUGUGCCCAUAUUAGAGUGGCUGAAAAAAAAUGAUUUUUAAAAAUGUUUGUGCUUCCAUGCCUCCACAUUGUUGUUGCUAUCACUCAUAGAACUCUUCUGUUCACAUGUCAGUAGGUGAUACUUGUGCUGAAAGUAAGCCCCUCUCUCUCUGAUUGCACUUCUGGGAGGUCUGUGUUCCUUUGCUUGCCAAACAGCUAUUCUGCAUUAUUUAAAAUUUUGCUUUAGUGAAAUAGCCUUUUUAUCAGAGAUCAAAUAUUGAAGGAUGAUAAAUCAUGAUUAAAGUUGGUCAAUAAUUCAGUGGAGUUUUUUGCCCUUACUAUUAAAUACUAAACUAUUCUGUUACUGCCAGAAAAUGGAGUGGAUGACAGAUUUGGGGUUUACAAUGUUGAGUUGGUCAAAAAUGAAAAUAAUACUCCAAAGCAAAGAGACCUUCUGUGAAAUAAAUCUGGUGAAUAUAUUGGGUCUGCUAGUACCCCCAGUCAAAGCUAGCUCUCCUUAUUGGACUGGACUAGACUGAACAUUUACUAUUUUGUCACUUGGGGGUUCUUUUCUCUUUGUCUGUGGUCACAAACUACUCAUUCUGAGGAAGACAGAACAACUGGAUCUACUGAGAAAUCUGUAGCUAACUCAGGUCUCACUUUAUAAUGGCAGUAGACUCAUCUUUUCACCAUUGUCAAGAAAGACCAUAUGGUUAAUUGGUGGAGUGCAGGCAGGUUUUAAUGCAUCUAGACACUAGCAGGCUACCACCAGAAGGAAUAGUAGUUGACUAGAAGCCCCCGUAGUAAUUAAACUAUGUCUUCAUCCUGUGACAUAAAGAAAUAAGAUAGCUGUUCAUUCUUGGUGAAUGUAGAAAACAAAAGGGAACGCUGUGAAGCACGUGUUUUCCCGAAGUUCAUCCACCCUCACCCAUAGUAGCAGGAAGACUUGGAAGAAGAUUGUUGAAGUAUUCAAAGCCAUGGAAAGGCUUGUGAAGGAAUUAAACUAUACCAGAUAAAUUUCUGCUUUGGGACAGCCACGCAUCUAAUUCCUUAAAACAGUUUUAUAUGUAAAACUUGUAAAGGAUCAGAACAAUGCCUCCAAGACCAUCAUCAGGUGAACUGUGGGGCAUCCACUUGAUGCCCCCAAGAAUCCUAGUAGAAUGUUUACUACCAAAUGGAAUGAUAGUGACGUUAGAAUGCCUCCGUGAGGCUACAUUAAUAACUAUAAAGCAUGAAUUAUUUAAAGAAGCAAGAAAAUAUCCUCUCCAUCAACUUCUUCAAGAUGAAUCUUCUUACAUUUUCGUAAGUGUUACCCAAGAAGCAGAAAGGGAAGAAUUUUUUGAUGAAACAAGACGACUUUGUGACCUGCGGCUUUUUCAACCCUUUUUAAAAGUAAUUGAGCCAGUAGGCAACCGUGAAGAAAAGAUCCUCAAUCGAGAAAUUGGUUUUGCUAUUGGCAUGCCAGUGUGUGAAUUUGAUAUGGUUAAAGAUCCAGAAGUACAGGACUUCCGAAGAAAUAUUCUGAAUGUUUGUAAAGAAGCUGUGGAUCUUCGGGAUCUUAAUUCACCUCAUAGUAGAGCAAUGUAUGUCUAUCCUCCAAAUGUAGAAUCUUCACCAGAACUGCCAAAGCACAUAUAUAAUAAACUAGAUAAAGGGCAAAUAAUAGUGGUGAUUUGGGUAAUAGUUUCUCCAAAUAAUGACAAGCAGAAGUAUACUCUGAAAAUCAACCAUGACUGUGUGCCAGAACAAGUAAUUGCUGAAGCAAUCAGGAAAAAAACUCGAAGUAUGUUGCUAUCAUCUGAACAACUAAAACUCUGUGUUUUAGAAUACCAGGGCAAGUAUAUUUUAAAAGUGUGUGGAUGUGAUGAAUACUUCCUUGAAAAAUAUCCUCUAAGUCAGUAUAAGUACAUAAGAAGCUGUAUAAUGCUUGGGAGGAUGCCCAAUUUGAUGCUGAUGGCUAAAGAAAGCCUUUACUCCCAACUGCCAAUGGACUGUUUCACAAUGCCAUCUUAUUCCAGACGCAUCUCCACAGCUACACCAUAUAUGAAUGGAGAAACAUCUACAAAGUCCCUUUGGGUUAUAAAUAGUGCACUCAGAAUAAAAAUCCUUUGUGCAACCUAUGUGAAUGUAAAUAUUCGAGACAUCGACAAGAUCUAUGUUCGAACAGGUAUCUAUCAUGGAGGAGAACCCUUAUGUGAUAAUGUGAACACUCAAAGAGUACCUUGUUCUAAUCCCAGGUGGAAUGAAUGGCUAAACUACGAUAUAUACAUUCCUGAUCUUCCUCGUGCUGCUCGACUUUGCCUUUCCAUUUGUUCUGUUAAAGGCCGAAAGGGUGCUAAAGAGGAACACUGUCCAUUGGCCUGGGGAAAUAUAAACUUGUUUGAUUACACAGAUACUCUAGUAUCUGGAAAAAUGGCUUUGAAUCUUUGGCCAGUACCUCAUGGAUUAGAAGAUUUGCUGAACCCUAUUGGUGUUACUGGGUCAAAUCCAAAUAAAGAAACCCCAUGCUUAGAGUUGGAGUUUGACUGGUUCAGCAGUGUGGUAAAGUUCCCAGAUAUGUCAGUGAUUGAAGAGCAUGCCAACUGGUCUGUGUCUCGAGAAGCAGGAUUUAGUUAUUCCCAUGCAGGACUGAGUAACAGACUAGCUAGAGACAACGAAUUAAGAGAAAAUGAUAAAGAACAGCUCCGAGCAAUUUGUACCCGAGAUCCUCUAUCUGAAAUCACUGAGCAAGAGAAAGAUUUUCUGUGGAGCCACAGACACUAUUGUGUAACUAUCCCUGAAAUUCUACCCAAACUGCUUCUGUCUGUUAAAUGGAAUUCUAGAGAUGAAGUAGCUCAGAUGUACUGCUUAGUAAAAGAUUGGCCUCCAAUCAAACCUGAACAGGCAAUGGAGCUUCUGGAUUGUAAUUACCCAGAUCCUAUGGUUCGAGGUUUUGCUGUUCGAUGCUUGGAAAAAUAUUUAACAGAUGACAAGCUUUCUCAGUACUUAAUUCAGCUAGUACAGGUCCUAAAAUAUGAACAGUAUUUGGAUAACCUGCUUGUGAGAUUUUUACUCAAGAAAGCAUUGACUAAUCAAAGGAUUGGGCACUUUUUCUUUUGGCAUUUAAAAUCUGAGAUGCACAAUAAAACAGUUAGUCAGAGGUUUGGCCUGCUUUUGGAGUCGUAUUGUCGUGCAUGUGGGAUGUAUUUGAAGCACCUAAAUAGGCAAGUUGAAGCUAUGGAAAAGCUCAUUAACUUAACUGACAUUCUCAAACAAGAAAAGAAGGAUGAAACACAAAAGGUACAGAUGAAGUUUUUAGUUGAGCAAAUGCGGAGACCAGAUUUCAUGGAUGCUCUACAGGGUUUUCUGUCUCCUCUAAAUCCUGCUCAUCAACUAGGAAAUCUCAGGCUUGAAGAGUGUCGAAUUAUGUCCUCUGCAAAAAGGCCACUGUGGUUGAAUUGGGAGAACCCAGACAUCAUGUCAGAGUUACUCUUUCAGAACAAUGAGAUCAUCUUUAAAAAUGGGGAUGAUUUACGGCAAGAUAUGUUAACACUGCAGAUCAUUCGCAUUAUGGAAAAUAUCUGGCAAAAUCAAGGCCUUGAUCUUCGAAUGUUACCUUAUGGUUGUCUGUCAAUCGGUGACUGUGUGGGACUUAUUGAGGUGGUUAGAAAUUCUCACACUAUUAUGCAGAUUCAAUGCAAAGGUGGCCUGAAAGGCGCACUGCAGUUCAACAGCCACACUCUACACCAGUGGCUCAAAGACAAGAACAAAGGCGAAAUAUACGAUGCAGCCAUUGACCUGUUCACACGUUCAUGUGCUGGAUAUUGUGUUGCUACCUUCAUACUGGGAAUCGGAGAUCGUCACAAUAGUAACAUCAUGGUUAAAGAUGAUGGACAACUAUUUCAUAUAGAUUUUGGACACUUUUUGGAUCAUAAGAAGAAAAAAUUUGGUUAUAAACGGGAACGUGUGCCGUUUGUUUUGACACAAGAUUUCUUAAUAGUGAUUAGUAAAGGAGCCCAAGAAUGCACAAAGACAAGAGAAUUCGAAAGGUUUCAGGAGAUGUGUUACAAGGCUUAUCUAGCUAUUCGGCAGCAUGCCAAUCUCUUCAUAAAUCUCUUCUCAAUGAUGCUUGGCUCUGGAAUGCCAGAACUGCAAUCUUUUGAUGAUAUUGCAUACAUUCGAAAGACCCUAGCUUUAGAUAAAACUGAACAAGAGGCUUUGGAAUAUUUCAUGAAACAAAUGAAUGAUGCACAUCAUGGUGGCUGGACAACAAAAAUGGAUUGGAUCUUCCACACAAUUAAGCAGCAUGCUUUGAACUGAAAUGAUAACUGAGAAACCAAAAGCUCAUUAUCUGGAUUCUAUACUGCACUGUUAAUAACUGUCAACAGGCAAAGACUGAUUGCAUAGGAAUUGCACAAUCCAUGAACAGCAUUAGAAUUUACACAAGAACAGAAAUAAAAUACUAUAUAAUUUAAAUAAUGUAAACGCAAACAGGGUUUGAGAGCACUAAACUAGUUCAUUUCAAAAUUAAGCUUUAGAAUAAUGCGCAAUUUCAUGUUAUGCCUUAAGUCCAAAAAGGUAAACUUUGAAGAUUGUUUGUAUCUUUUUUUAAAAAAGAAAACAAAACAAAAAAACCCCAAAAUAUAUAGAAAUGGUGGAGAAGGAAAAAGAAUGAUGUUCUUUUUUUGUCUUGCAAAUGUUCUAUGUUUUGAAAUUGUGGACACAACAAAGUCUAUUAUUGCAUUAGGUCCAAGGAAACUGAAGUUUGAUGUUAAAUUGCAUUAAGAUUAGAAAAUAAUGAAGAUUUCUUAUUUUUCCAUUGCUGUUCAAUUUAUAGUUUGAAGUGGGUUUUUUUGACUCCUUGUUUAAUGAAGAAAACUGCUUGGGGUGGAAGGGACUCUUGAGAUUUCACCGGAGACUUUUCCUUUUUAAUAAAUCAAACCUUUUGACGAUAUGGGGUCUUAUCUGCAAAGUUUUGGAAGCAGUCACAAAUGAGACCUGUUAUAAGGUGGUGUUUUUGGGUUUUGUUUUGUUUUUUUUUUUUUCUGGACAGUAUUUACAAGAAUCUGAUUCUUAUUUCCCAGGGAAAUUCUGGGCUCCCACAGAGUACAAUAAUCAUCAUAGAGAAAGAAUGAGCAGGAAAAGCUCUUGCUCCAGAAUUGUACAGUAUUCGCCUUAGGUUGAUUUUUUUUUCUCCUUUUGCAAUUGAAUUGAAUACAUUUUUCAUGCAUGUUUCCAGAAAAUAGAAGUGAGUAUUAAUGUUAUUAAAAAGAUUAUUUUUUUUAUUAAAGGCUAUUUAUAUUAUAGAAACUAUCAUUAAUAUAUAUUCUUUAUUUACAUGAUCUGUCCCAUAGUCAUGCAUUGUUUUGCACCCCAAAUUUUUUAUUGUCCGUAGCAGCAUGGUCAGCUUUUCUCUCGGUCCGUGGGUGAGGCUCAGGCACUAUCCCAUUUAUACCAAUGACUAGUGUAUAACUACAUAAGGAAAACAGAUUACAGUUCAUCCUCUUUCCUUUUAUUUCUGUUUUCAUAUGAAUCCCCCAUUUUCCACCUUCUUUUAUAGUUGAUAAUGCCUCAAUCAUGAAACUAGUUGCCAAAAUUGACACAAUAUAGCAUAUCUUCCUGAUUGCUUCAGCCCCUCUACCCAGGUAUGCUCAUGAAUAAUACUUUAUAAUAUGGGGGAAUAGAAACCAUGAACUUUCUACCUUCUUAGGCUGUUUAUGCAAUAUCUUGAUAAUAAAAGUAGGACCUUAAACCAUUUUAAGAUCAUGUCCCAUUUCCAAGCAGUUAGGGCUCACUCUUCAACUUUAUUAAAUUGCAUUUGAGUACAGGAUGCAUUCUUAAACACUUUGGAAAACAUUAACCCAAGAUGUAGGGGCUAAUGCUAGUCAUCACUCUAGAAUCUGUUAUUUUAGUCAGUAUUUGAAAUGAAUGAUUAAUGCCCUAGGAAAUAGCUUUAGCAAACGUCCAGGUGCCACACCAGAAAAAGUGCAAUAAUUUACUGACAGUUUUCUAGAUUAGGCAUAUUAUUGGAAUACAACUUUAUAAAAAGUGUACAUUAUAUACUCUAGUAAAACAGCAUCACUUAAAUGAUAAUUCACUUAUGAAAUCAGUUACCUAUAAUAGAAGUCUUGAAUAGCGAACAAGGGACUCUAAUACAAAUACUCUUAAUAUUUGGCUGUUUUAGAACCCUUAAAGGGCCUAAUUAUUGGAGAUUUAGGUACUUCACUAAAGCAUGUACAUAAUAUUGCCAACAAGAAAAAUAAAUUUGAAAAUUAGGGGAACUUACUUCUGUAAACUGUCUUGGAAUAGUUAAGAAGAAUUUAAACUCCCAUUUUAAGCAGGAAGCCAAAUAGAUUCUUUUGCAGAUAGAGGUUUCAUAACUUAUUAAAAUUUGUUUAACAUUUUGUGCCUUUUAGAUAUAUUCAGUUAACACAUGCUAACAUCCCAGUCUUUUCUAUGUCAGGGAUUAAUUACAGGAAAACUCAGUGAAAUGGUACAAAUCUGAAACUCUGAUGGUAGAAACUGGAGAUUUAACCGAGAACCACGUUUUUCCCGAGUGCCAAAAAAGCUUUGAGCUUCCUUGCACAAAAUGUAUAUAAUUUGUGCAUUUCUCACAUGAGCCCAGAUAGUUCCCUUCCCCUGGGACCUCUCCACCAUUAAAACACAAGCCACACAGCUUAUUUCAUCAUUUACAUUUAUUUUCAAUAGUUAUUACAACCAAGUUAAUUCUGUUUGAAGAAGCGUAGACAAAUUUUACUAAGAAUUAAGAUUCUAUAGGUUAAGUGAUUUCGCUAAAAGCAAAGUAAGUUUUAAACAAAUCCAAGCAGAGUUUAAGCAAACAACAUUAAAAAUAAGAAAAAAAGGCCAGGUAGUGCUCAGAAGGCAAAGAACCAAAAAUUGAAUUGAAUGCUACAUGGGGUGACUAAGAUGUCAAGUCAACGGUAAGCCGUUUCCAGGUAGUGCAGUGUCUGGUCACCACCCCCCCCCCCCCCAAUGGAUUGGUCAGUUCCUGUGGCCGACCAUUCUUGUCACUGAAUGUGGUAUAACCCACUGUUGACUCGACAGUCUCAUUUGGUCACUUGAGAAAUAACUUCCUUCAAUGACUUUCGGAGGAAAAAAAAAAAACCAAGCAGGUUUAAAGAACCUAAAGAAAAUAAAACCUAAUUUUAAACACAUUCUAGUAAGAUAUAAUCUGAAAAUCAUGUUUUAACUUUUUAUCAUAUUCUCAGCUAUACAGAAUCAUUUAUUUUGAAGAUUUUUAGACUGCUGUUAAUUUGAAAUCUGUUAAUCAUAUUGUAGAAUUUGGUUUUUAAAAAAGAUGUUUCUAAUUGGAUUUUUUUAAAGAAGAAUGGAAUUUGGUCACUAUUUUCUGAUAGAACCUAAGCUUUUUGUGGUUCUUAGUGUCCUCUGUAAAACUCAGUGUCAAAGUAAUCAACUUUGAGGUUUUCCCUUCUAAUCUGCUUUAUAUUAUAAGCCCUUUAGGAAAUGGGAACCUGGUGAAUAUACAAUGAAUUGUAAAAUAUUUUAAUGUGUAAUUUUUUCAACUGUGAAACUAUGACUAUUGGUUUUUGAUGAAAACAGCUGCUGAUAAAGUA